AUGACCGAUGGUUGUUUAAAUUGUCGUUUACUUCUAUCAUUUAUUUGUAUAUUAAAUUUUCUUAUUUCAAUAACACUUAAAAUAAAUCAAACAUGGUUACAUGUUUCAUGGUUUUUAAUAUUUAUACCAAUAUGGAUAUUUAAUUUAAUAUCAUUAUGUAUAAUUGGAUAUUUAGUUUUAAUAAAAAAAUGGUUACAAAAAAAAGAAAAAUGUUUAAAAAUAAUUUAUUAUUUAUUAAAUUUAUUAUCAUCAUGUGCAUUUGAAAUAUUAUUAUGUAUUAAAUUAGAAUAUGAACAAAAUAUGCCAUAUUGGAUUGUAUUUUUACCACUAUGGAUUUUAAUGAUUUUUACUUUUAGUAUUAUUAUACAACAAAUGUAUAGAACAUGUCAAACAACAACGGAAAAAACUAUGUGA